CUGUUCUUGGUCCCAUGCAUUGGGGUGCAGCCAGAGAACCGAUUGGGGCCCCCCAGGCCCCACUGCUGCCACCCUGGCUGCAGGGAGUAGAGGUUCAUUCUUGGUUGCACCUCAACUCACCCUCACACCCUCCAUCUGGCCCGUGUUUCUCCUCACCACCUCUUCAAGGAAGGUGCCCGUCUACAAUGUACGUACAUGCUCUAAGCUGGGGAAGUCCCGAGGUACCUAGGUACCUCCCGCAUCUGGCUGGCCGGCUGGGCUAGCCCGUCGCUCUGUCAAAUUGUCUCCUACAAUAAGGUCUCCGACAACAAGCCGGGCCGGCUCAGACACCCAUCUACGUCUGAUCUCUUUCCGAUCUCUCGUUUUAUUUCGUUUCUUUCUCCAUUUCCCCCCUUUUCCUGGCCAUCUUUCACUAGGCCCUCCCGGCUGAGCGCACACCUGACCUUACCGUACACUCACGUCAUCUCCCCCGACUGUCGUUUUCGCCAGGACUGCCCAGUACAUGGCAGGGUGCCAUGUGAAACCUCCGUCCCCGAGCCUCCAAUCUUCUGCCUGACACGUAUGCGGUGUAAGAAGCACAACUAUAGCCUAGCCAACACGGGCGUUAGCCCUUGGAAGAAGCCCCAAUUCCAAGACUCUUGGUGGCGUUGCUACCAUCUACGGAUAGAGCUCGCGGCCGAAGCCCGAGAUUCCCUGCUCUACCCAUUCAAGCCCGGCUCUCGAGCCCUCGGGACCGCGGCUGCGUGCUGCCCCGAUACCCUGACUAGGUACCAAACUACCUACACGUAACUAAAACAUGCCACCGUCUUCCACGGGCGACUCGCCAUCUUCCCUCAUAAACGGGCACAGCUCCGCUACCGCCACAGCAACGACAACGGCAUCCAACCCCAGGCUAUUCCCCUUGCAGACACGAGGCGAUGGGUUCACCAUCGAGAUCCCAUCGCCACAGCUGAAUGCGGUCAACCAUGCUCUAAAGUCUCCCAACUCGGCCAAAACCCAACGAACCCCCAGCUUCAGCCGUGACGGCAUCCUCGGCUCUCUCCAGAAGGCGCGCAACAUGUCGCAAUCAUCCGAGAACCACGGCUCCGAGGCCAACGGGAUGCAGAAAGUCCCGAGCGACGAGGGCAUCAACCCACUCAAGAGGAGGAACACUGACGCCGGGGUUGACUACCCCAGGCGGCGCGCAACUAUCGCCUGUGAAGUAUGCCGAUCACGAAAAUCGCGUUGCGAUGGCACCAAGCCGAAAUGCAAGCUGUGUCUAGAACUAGGCGCGGACUGCAUCUACCGCGAGCCCGGAAUCAAGCUCGAUGCGGGCGACAAGCUCAUACUCGAGCGCCUCAACCGAAUCGAAAGUAUGCUGCAGAUGACGCUAACUCCUAGCGGAUUGGCGCUAGGAGACUCGCCCAACAUGAGCAACAGCACCGGCCACCUCAGCGCCGACGGCAUCCUGGGCGGCGGCGCCUUCGUCUCGGUCAUCCCCAGCGGCGGCCUCGGAACCUGGACGAGCGGGACCAACAUCUCGACCAUGCCAAAGAUUCACACCAACGCCGCUCUCCACCUCCUACAGUGGCCCCUGAUCCGCGACCUGGUCUCUCGCCCCUAUGAUCCCCAGAUCCUGCUGCAGCUGGAGAUGGCACGGGAGCCGCUGCACUCGCUUACCAAGACCCCAUGCGUCGACCUGUCCAACACUGCCGCCUAUAUCGAGGCUUACUUCGAGCGCGUCAACGUCUGGUACGCAUGCGUGAAUCCGUACACGUGGAGGAGUCACUAUCGCAUCGCGCUGUCCAACGGCUUCAGGGAGGGCCCCGAAAGCUGCAUUGUGCUGCUGGUAUUGUCUCUGGGACAGGCGAGCCUGAGGGGCAGCAUCUCGCGCAUCGUGCCCCACGAGGACCCGCCGGGCCUUCAAUACUUCACGGCCGCAUGGGCGCUCCUUCCGGGCAUGAUGACGUCCAACAGUGUGCUAGCCGCCCAGUGCCAUCUACUUGCCGCGGCAUAUCUCUUCUACUUGGUGCGCCCGCUGGAGGCGUGGAACCUUCUGUGUACCACGAGCACCAAGCUGCAGUUGCUGCUCAUGGCUCCCAGUAGGGUCCCGUCCGACCAGCGCGAGCUCACGGAGCGCAUCUACUGGAACUCGCUGCUGUUCGAGAGCGACCUGCUGGCCGAGCUGGACCUGCCGCACUCGGGGGUGGUCCAGUUCGAAGAAAACGUCGGCCUCCCUGGAGGCUUCGAGGGCGAUGAGAGUGAGGCCGUGGGGCGGGACGACCUGUGGUACUUCUUGGCCGAGAUCGCGCUCAGACGGCUCCUCAAUCGGGUCAGCCAGCUCAUCUAUUCCAAGGACUCGAUGGCUUCAACCACCAGCCUGGAGCCCGUCGUGGCUGAGCUCGACUUCCAGCUCACGCAGUGGUAUGAGAGCUUGCCGCUGCCGCUGCAGUUCCCCUUCACACGCACCAUGCUGCCGGACCCCGUACAGACGGUGCUGCGGCUCCGCUUCUUCGCCUGCAGGACCAUCAUCUACCGGCCUUACAUCCUAGCCGUGCUUGACAACGAGCAGGCCGUGUUGGACCCUGCCGUGCGUGAUAGCUGCCACAAGUGUCUCGAGGCCUCUGUCCGGCAGUUAGAGCACGUUCUUGCCCAUCAUGCCGGCCACAUGCCGUACCUGUGGCAGGGUGCCCUAUCCAUCGUCUCACAAACGCUCCUGGUUAUGGGAGCCACCAUGUCACCAUCCCUCAUGAGCAUCCUGAUGACCCUCGUCCCGCACCGGGAGACGCUGGACCAAAUCUUUAGCGAUGUCGUGGUCGAGAUUGAGCGCUACGCCCUGCUUGCGCCGAGCCUUAGCUUGGCAGCCGAGAUCAUCAAAGAGGCCGAAGUCAGAAGGCGGGCCUUUCUGAUGGCUGGCUGAAACCCUUGUUCAUACAGCCACCUUGACCUCAUAGCAAAGGUGCGAGUGUGUCGUACGGGCUCCGUCGACCGCACCUGUCAACCAGUGACGCCCCCUGGAAGAUACCCAAUCUCGGUAUCUCUAUACCGUGUCAGCAGCGCCGAGAAGGCGCCACCAGAUGCGGCCACAAGCCCAGCCUGCACCUAGGAGGUCAAUCCAAGCUGAGGGUAGAGGUGGUCCGUCCAGCGCCUCCACCACGCUGUCUUGGCUGGGGACACCCACUCCUUUGUGAAAGAAGAAAACACGUUUAACGCAACUCGAUCACUACCUACAUACUUAAGCACACGCAGAGACAAGCGUCCACACCACAUCGAGGAGUGAUAAACAACUUGUGGCCCCUGGUGGUGGAAGGGCUGUGCCGGGAGUGAUUUCGAUUUGCAACAUUGACGCCUAAGCUUUCACACCACACCAACCGCCGGACGACAGUACAAUGCACCAAACAGCCUACAGGAGCUGCCGAGAUGCUCGAGAUCAGGCGCGGCAAAAGUUUGGAAUCCCGACCUUUUAACCACCUCGCUCUAAGGGCCUCGAGACGCAUACGCUUCUGCACAGCAACCAGAAAGAGGCGACCCGGAUUCCGAUGACGCAGCCAAUAUAUGCUAUUUUGGUGCCAUCAACCACGAUGUCUCUCCGAGGGUUGGUCGAGUAGCUCACAGGGGUGGGCCAGACUCACUCACUCGCUUCCCAAAGCGGUUUCCCACGUUUUCAACAGUCGGCUCGCAUCAAAUGACGGCUCCGGGCCUACACACUUGGCGCCUACGGCCAAAAAGGAGCUGAAUUCCCCAGACUCGAGCCCAUGGGGAAACGACCCCAGUUGGAGAGAAUUGACGCAAAAACGGGCGCAGAUUAGGUUGGGCAGUGGAUCGGCUCCUUCUGGAUCGGCUCCUUCUGGGACGGUGGCUCCAGGGCCUGAUUUGGUAGCGGACGCAAUCUUGGGAAUGCUUGGGUGGCAGCUGAGGGUUGCUGGUUUGGGCAAAGGUCGUCGGCUGGACGGUCCGGAAGGCCGAGGCUCCCCCGCUCCUGGACUUUGGAAUGCGGUCGUCUCACUGGGCCAAGAGUCAUCAACACACCACACUCGCCCACACCCACCACGACGCACGAUACACAUCACCCAUCCACCCAUUACCAUACGUACGCUGGGUACGCCCCCAGUUGCGCGCCACACAGGCUCGAGGGCAAGAAAUAAAACCGGGCGCCUCGGUUCUUGGAGCUCCUCAUGGCCCAUUUCGCUUGUCAUCCUACAGCCCACCCACCGCGCAGCGUUUUUGCCCACACUGCCCGCCUGCCAUCUCCGGAAUUCUUGUACCAAGUUCAAUUGCCCUGCCCCCUUUUUUAUUGUCUCUUGGAUAGCAAAGGUGGCGGCUGAAGGAGCCGAUAACGAUCUCCGUUCCUGUUUCUUUCUCCUGUCUCGUAUUUUUUCCCCCAAAUUGUUGUUCUUAGGUAUGUCAGCAAAGCCUCAACACGAGACUGCAAGCGAGUCGCCCAUAUCCGAAAGUCGACAUGCGGGAUGGGUUGGGGGCCAGGAUGGAGAAACAAGAGAAGAGCGCUGGCGUACUGUCACCCAUGUUUUGUGGCUGUAGCCCGCUUGGUCUAGCGGGUAAUCAAAUUGACAGCGUUUUUUUGUGUUUUUUUUGACUGGACCGCGACACGAGGUCGGUAUAAUACCCUCAGAUAGCCACUGCUAUCAGAAUAAAGACAUAUACACAGAAUGACGUUGGACCUCGGCCU